CAAUGCUCAUAUUUAAUGCCCACAAACCCUAAAUUCACCCACAAUACUCAACAAUAUCUAUUAUGAUUUCACUGCCCAUAUUCAUUGCGCAUAUUUAAUGCCCAUGUUAAAAAAGUAUGUCAACAACAACAAAAGUAUGUCAAGUUGUCAACAACAAGAUUAAUCCUCCAAAACUCAUAAUUUCACAUACAAGUGAGUAUGUAGCAAAUCCCUUUCUUUUAUAAUUUUCGAAAAUUUCAAUAGUAAUACCAAAGUCUCAAACACAAUCCAAAGCCUUCAACCUGAAAUCACAGAAAAAAGAUUGCUGCCAACGAAUUUGUCAGAGCUUCAAACAAAUCCUAGAGCCUUCAACCCACAGCCUUCAACAUGAAAUUGAUGCCAACGAAUUUGCCUCCAUCGACCACAAAUCUUGACAGAUCUGCCUCCAUCGCCCACCAAGUCGCAGCCCACGAAUCUGGGUCAAUCGCCCUCCAAUCUGAACGAAUCUGCUCCGUAUCCUACCAGCGGCCGCCCAACAAUCACCACUCACGAGAGCAAAGAAGACCACGCCGGCAUGCCCAGCAAUCGCGCUCUGCCCACAGGUCUGGAGGUUGUGGCGAAGGCGAAUGACGGCAGUGAUUUGGGUUUCGGCAGAAGGGCUCGGUCACGGCUUGGGUUUGGCAAAACAGGAAGACGCAGGGGAGGAACGAAGGGAGGGGAUCUCCAUGUUAGGAGAAGUCGACGCCGUGAUUACGGACCGAAAGAUCAACCUUCCGGGGUUCCAAGUACCGAUGACAUCUGUUUGGCGCAUGGGGAAAUCGCGUUGGUGCAAUAACAAUGAUGAAGUAGAGGCGGUCGAGUCGGAGGAAACCCGCUUUGGUGCAGCAACAAUCGUUGCGAUGGUCCGGCCUCCCCCAGAACCACCGCCAAGGGUUAAUCGACGCAUUUUGGAGUUUGAUUACUUAUCUUUUCUGCAUUUUAAUUUUCAAGUUAAGACGCUUGUGUUUUGCUGUUAUUUUAUUUUAUGCUGUAAGACUCUUGCAUUAGGUUUGGGGGAUGAGAGGUCUACGGUAAUCGUCAAUGACUGUUUGUUGCCCAAUUUAGGUCUAGCGAGUUAUAUUGCUUUGUCAAAGGUGAUUAACUCAGAGUCUCAGCCAAGGGCGGAUGAUUACAUGUGGUCCUUUUGUUGUCAUGUACCCCUGCUGAAUGCUAUUUUAUUAAUUUAAAGCCACUUUGACGAUAAAAAAAAUGGGGUUGGGAUACAAAAACAAAUUUUCUAAAAAAAAGGGAUACAAAAUCCUAUUUACACAAUAAAAUGGGAUCCAAAUUCAAAUUAUGCCUCAUUUUACAACUUGGACUUAUCUAAAGGGAGCCCAAAUACAAGCACAAAACCACUCCCAACUCUCAUCCUCUCACGUGAUUUGGACUCCAUCGACGCAAAGCAGAAAACAACGGCAACGGCAUCUAUUUUCCUUCUCGUUUCAGUCUGAAACUUGGUCGCUAUGUAUGCCCUUGGUCGCAGUCUGAAACUUCUGUGUUGGAACAAUUAGAAGGCCGCCGGAAAAAAGACCGCCCCAGCCGGAAGAGAUCGGAAAUAAAGCUUCGGCUUUGAUGAAAAUUGGCAACUUGCAGGUAUGGGCAGGGUAGUCUUCAAAGCUUCUGAGCACCAUUCAAAGCUUCUGAAAUAAUGCUUCCGCUUUGAUGAAACUUCAUAAAGCUUUUGAGCACCAUUCAUAUUCCAUACCAUAAGUCUUGAAAUGUCUUACACAAGAAUCCACACGAAUUUAGAGAAGUCCAUAUAAGUCUAUUACAAUCUCGUAUUGUCACAAAUCUUAAAAAGGGCCCAAGCGAAGCCUGAAGCCGUAAACCAGUACUGAACGACGGUCGACAAGCAGUGAAGCAGACAAGUUGAGACUUCGCGGGAAAGCUCGGAAUCGGCCGAAUCGCCCCUGCAAUUCUUUAUUUCGCUUCGCAGACCGCAGUGCCCUACUGUCCCCCUGCGCCAGUGCCCCUCACUCGCUCCGAGUCACGCCCUGCGCAGCUGGGCCCUCCGGCCUCCGCCACUGCCUACUCGCUGAGUCUCUGGAUUUCCAAUUUUCAGUUUAACGGAGUAAAGCAGAGUUCUUUAAAGUUGAGUUCUAAGCACGAUCCUGCCAGGUCCAGUGAGGCAGCACACAGAGACACAACUUUUUCCAAAAUACAGCACUGUAACACGCCAUCACCCUAGAUCUCGCCCAGCACGCAGCCACGGCAGCACCUUUGACGGAUUGACCUGAUUAGUUCAGUUAACGGAUCUCAAAGUGUACACUGCCUUUAUCAGAUUGGUUUUGCUGCAUCUGGGACUAGAUUGAAGUUCCGAUAUGGAGAAGAGUAGUAGUGGUAAAAAAACCAACAUUCAGCUUCUAGAAAACAUGUGUUAUUUCAUUAGAAGGUGCAUCAUCUCACUACUUUCUGCCGGCCCUGUUCCAACUCAUAUUGCAUUUAUAAUGGAUGGCAAUCGAAGAUACGCGAAGAAACAGAAUUUGGAAGAGGGACAUGGGCAUAGGGCUGGGUUUGCUGCUCUUAUAAACUUGUUAAAAUAUUGUUAUGAGUUUGGUGUGAAGUACAUAACUGUUUAUGCCUUUAGUAUUGAUAACUUUAAGAGGCGCCCCGAAGAAGUUGGAUCCCUCAUGCUCUUGAUGCAGGAAAAAAUUGAAGAGUUAAUUAAAGAGGAGAGCUUAGUCAACAGUUAUGGAGUUCGACUGUACUUCAAAGGGAACCUAGACCUUUUGAGUGACUCUGUUAGGUCAUCAGCAGAGAGGGCAAUGGUUGCAACUUCGGGUAACUCAAAAACCAUCCUAUCGAUCUGUGUUGCCUAUACAUCAACGGAUGAGAUAGUGCAUGCAGUUGAACUAUCAUGUGAAGAAAAAUGGCAGAGUUCAGAUAUGUAUCGACCCGUGAAUGGAAAUGGUAAAAACGAGAACCUCAAUAUUGGGGUGACAGAUAUUAAUAGGCAUAUGUAUAUGGCUGGUGUUCCUGAUCCUAAUAUUAUAAUACGUACCUCUGGCGAAACUCGAUUGAGUAAUUUUCUACUAUGGCAGAGUUCAAAAUGUCUUCUUUACUCUCCAGAAUCGCUUUGGCCAGAGAUGGGUUUCAGGCAUUUGGUUUGGGCAAUUGUGAAUUUCCAAAGAUAUGCUGUCUACCUUAAAGGGGCAAAAGAGAAAGAAACAUGAUUCUGUUGAGGGUGGCUUUUUCAUUUUGGGGUUAUAGUCAUCUUUGUGAAUUGAUUGGCCUUCUUUCUUAUUCUUAAAAACUCUUCUUUGAAUUGAAUUCACUUGUAAUUGCUAGAAAAAUGUGUUGUUCUAUUUCUCCAUUGUAUUCGGCUGUUUAUUUGGUAAAUCCGGACAGUGUAAAUUGUAAAAUAUGAAUAAAUCUUCUGGCUGAUGAUAUUUGUGGGGAAAUAAAUAAAUAUGACUACAAC